AUGGCACGCCGAGAGAAAACACUAGAAAUAAACUAUAUCGACACCGAAUUUUCUUCCGGGGACUACAACCAGAUGAGAACGAAACAGUACCAGGAGGAAAAUAAUAACGAGGUUGAUGAAUUGUCGAAGGAUCUAUCCGAAAUGGGGUGCAUCGUAGACGCAGCUAAAAGACCCCCCAAUAUUUGCGUUGAAACUUGCGUCUACGAGGAGUCGGAGUCCGAAAAUGAAAAAACUGAGGCCUACAACGAAGAGGAUGCGUACUCCGACGAAUUUGAAGAUGAUAAAAGUGAGGAAGAGACGUCAAUGAAGUCUAUACCCAAGUCUGUGAUGAGUGACACAAGCAGAGAGCCCACCGCCAGGUCUUCCACGAAGUUUACAAAAAGUCAGUCUUCUAUAAUUAGUCAAAAUAAGCCACCAGGAUCCGUGUCGGGAAGGUCUACAAGUUUGGGAUCAGUAUCUGGCCUCAAAAAUCGUCGUAUCAACAUGUCCUUUACAAAUGAGCGCCUUCGGGAGAUUGAGAGGCACAACCACAUCCUCCUGACGAAGAUCCUUAGUGCCAGAAACACAAGGAAGGGCUCCAUACCAUCUCGAGAGCAGGAGGCUCGGAAACCUGUAUCCUCGGCUGCAGUCUGCCGCAAGAAUCAGCAGAGGCAGAUUGACCAUGACAAUAUGAUUCUUCUAAAAAAGAUCCAGCGCGUGAAAUCGUCAGCCUGCAGCAUCCGCCGUUGAUACAGAAGAAGCGUCCGAUGCGCGGGCGCAAGUCUAUGCCAAUGUUGUUCAAUAUUAUUACACUUUACG